AUGAAAGAGAGUACAAAUGAUUUGAUAAAGAAGUUGUUGAUUGACAAUCAGCAGCUCAGAACCGAUUUCAGAAAUCUUCAAAGGCAGAUGGGGCAGUUGGCAAUGAAUCAGAACACCAGACCUGCAGGCGCUCUCCCCAGAGAUACAGAAAAGAAUCCUCAAGUGAAUGCAGUUACACUCAGAAAUGGAAGAGAGCUGGAGGAAGUGCCAAAGAAAAGAAAAGACAAAGCCACACCCGAGGGGGGGUUGAUACCGAAGGAAACUCAUAAAUCGAAGAAUACUGAUGCAAUUCCAGAGCCAAUUCAAUUAAAUAUUCCACUUGUUGAUGUACUGCGUGAAACUCCAAAGUAUGCUAAGUACAUAAAGGAUGUAGUGGCUCACAAGAAAAGAUUGAAUGAAUUUGAGACAGUGGCACUUACUGAGGAGUGCACCUCAAGGGUCGAGAACAAGCUUCCUCAAAAGCUUAAGGAUCCUGGCAGUUUCACCAUUCCGGUGCGCAUUGGUAAUAUUGAUCUGGCUGAUAGAUCGAUAACACACCCCGAGGGUAUGAUUGAUGAUGUAUUGCUGCAAAUUGGAAAAUUUAUCUUCCCAACUGACUUCAUUAUCCUACAUUAUGAGGCUAACGAACUGGUCCCAAUCAUAUUGGGGCGACCUCUCUUGGCUACUAGUGAUGCAAUCAUUAAAGUGAGAGAGGGAAAAAUUAUUUUGAGGGUGGAUGAUGAGGAAGCAGUCUUUAAUGUGUACAAAGCAAUCCAACUCCCCCGACAUUAUGAGGAGCUCUCAAUGAUAUCCGUUGUUGAGGUUGAUGAGCAAAUUCUUGACACGAGUGUAUAUCUAGAGGACUCUCUAGAGAAAGCACUUAUGUUGUUCAAUAGCAUGGGAAACGAUGAGGAGGUUGAGGAGAUGAUGCACAUCCUGGAUACGUCUUGUGCUUACAUGCAUGGGAUACGCCCCUUUGAGCCCUUGAAUAGGCCAGAUGGGCCACCCCCCAAACCAUCAAUUGAGGAGGCACCAAAAUUGGAGCUCAAACCGUUGCCCCCUCACCUUCAAUAUGCUUAUUUGGGUGACUCUGACACCUUACCUGUUAUUGUUUAUUCUGAAUUGUUGCUUGAGAAAGAUAUCUCCUUCAAGUUCGAUGAUGCUUGUCUGAAAGAAUUUGAGGAUCUGAAGGGAAGGCUAGUGACUGCACCAAUUAUCAUUGCCCCAGAUUGGGAGCAACCCUUUGAGUUGAUGUGUGAUGCGA